CAGGCUGGGGAACGGUAUAAAGGGCACCUCGGCCCCUGCUCAGCUCAGCACUCCACUAGAAGCCUCUCCAGCUGGCCCCACUGUGAGUCUGGUUGACCGAAAGCAGCUUCCAAGAUGUCCCAGCAGUACACUCUGCCAGUGAUCCUGCCCCCUGCCCAUCAGGAGCCCCUCAAGCCUGCUUCUCCUCCCACCGAUACCCAGCAGGAGCAAGUGAAGCAGCCAACUCCACUGCCUGCCCCAUGCCAGGAGGUACACUCGGAGCUCCCGGGGGAGGUCCCCUUAGAGCUCAGGGAGAAACACACAAUUGUGAAGGGGGUGCCUGAGCAAAAGUGUGAACCAGAGCAAGCGGAGCCAAAGCAGCAAGAACAGCAUGUGGAACAGCAGCAGCAAGAGUCACAGGUGCAGGAAGUGCAUGUGGAGCUGCAGCAGCAAGAGUCUCAGGUGCAGGAAGUGCAUGUGGAGUUGCAGCAGCAAGAGUCACAGGUGCAGGAGCAGCAUGUGGAACAGCAGCAGCAAGAGUCACAGGUGCAGGAAGUGCACGUGGAGCUGCAGCAGCAAGAGUCUCAGGUGCAGAAAGUGCAUGUGGAGUUGCAGCAGCAAGAGUCUCAGGUGCAGGAACAGCAUGUGAAGCAGAGACAACAAGAAUCACAAGUGCCAGAAGUUCAUGUGGAGCAGCAACAGCAAGAGUCACAGGUACAGGAAGUGCAUGUGGAGCAGCAACAGCAAGAGUCACAGGUGCCAGAAGAGCAUGUGGAGCAGCAGCAAGAGUCACAGGUGCCAGAAAAGCAUGUGAAGCUGCAGCAACAAGAGUCACAGGUGCCGGAAGUGCAUGUGGAGCAGCAGCAAGAGUCACAGGAACAGGAAGUGCAUGUGGAGCAGCAGCAGCAAGAGUCACAGGUGCCGGAAGUGCAUGUGGAGCAGCAACAACAAGAGUCACAGGUACCGGAAGUGCAUGUGGAGCAGCAGCAAGAGUCACAGGAACAGGAAGUGCAUGUGGAGCAGCAACAACAAGAGUCACAGGUACCGGAAGUGCAUGUGGAGCAGCAACAACAAGAGUCACAGGUACCGGAAGUGCAUGUGGAGCAGCAGCAAGAGUCACAGGAACAGGAAGUGCACGUGGAGCAGCAGCAGCAAGAGUCACAGGUGCCGGAAGUGCAUGUGGAGCAGCAGCAAGAGUCACAGGAACAAGAAGUGCAUGUGGAACAGCAGCAGCAAGAGUCACAGGUCCCGAAAGUGCAUGUGGAGCAGCAGCAAGAGUCACAGGAACAGGAAGUGCAUGUGGAGCAGCAGCAAGAGUCACAGGAACAGGAAGUGCAUGUGGAGCUGCAGCAGCAAGAGUCACAAGUGCCGGAAGUGCAUGUGGAGCAGCAGCAAGAGUCACAGGUGCCAGAAAAGCAGGUGGAGCAGCAGCAGCAAGAGUCACAGGUGCCAGAAGUGCUUGUCAAAAAGCAACAGCAUGAGCUACAGGAACAGGAAGUGCAGCAGCAAAAAGAACAGCACGAGGAAUAUCAGGAAGCAGAACACCUGGGGCCGCAGCUGGAGCAGGAGAAAACACAAAGAGAGCAGCACCUAAAAGGACAGCUGGAACAGGGGAAGGUCUUGGGCCAGCAAUUGGAUCAAGAACCAGCAAAGAGAGAGGAGCAACUGGAAAAGAAAGAGGAGCAACUGCUGGAGCAGCAGGAGGGGCAGCUGAAACAGCCUGUGUUUGUCCCAGCUCCCGGCCAGGUCCAAGAGAUCCAACCAGUCCUGCCACUGAAGGGAAAAGCCUUGCCCUCUGAGGAAGCAGGAGGUGUAGUGCCUUCUAAACAUAAGUAACCACCUGCAGUGUCCCAGAGGCCCCGGAAAUCCCAUACAAGUGAAAAGAGAGCCAGUGGCCUCGCUUAUCUCGGGCCCCCAACCUGGGUGACCCGCCUCAUCUGUGAACCUGCCUGACCCUGACCUUCUGCAUGUCUCUUUGAUAGGGCUGGGGUGGGGGGAGUUAUAUCCCAGCAUCCACCUCUGACGAGCCCAAUCCCAACCUCAGGUGGCCAGAGGCUUUACCUGAGGAGAGAGUGACUAUAGCUACUCUGACUACAUCCCCACUGUUAUAGCUGAAUCUGUGAGUGUGUACAAUAAUACAGAAUAAAUCCUGGAAGGCUUGGAA